AUGGUGGAACCCCCGCCCCCAAGCUACGAGGCAUCGCAGUCAUCUGCACGCUUUCCGGACAGGCAGCAGGAAGGCCCCCCUCCAUAUCACAACUGGCAGGAGGCGGUUCCAGAUACAUCGACCUUCCCUCCGCCGCCCAUCUCGGGCUAUUAUUGCUCUGGCACAGGGAAUGCAUCGGAAGACGACGCACAACGCGCUCACGACUUCUGCGACAACACGCCGCUCUGGCUUCCGGAGAGGCCCUCGCCACCUGUGUAUGCCUCUGUUUGUGAGCAUGAUAUCCGACCUGUGCUGCAGAGAGAGUUCAUCGGGGCGCUCUCUUUGUCGGGCCGUGGUCUGUGGCAGGGACGCACGGUCGAUCGGAAUGGAGACUGCUUGGUCAUGAGCCAUUUGCCUCUUUACUUCGCUGCUGAGGAUUCCCCUUUUAUCAGAGAAAAGCGCAAGAUGAUAUAUUUUGAGAUGAAGCUCCUUGGCCUUCGUGCAGGCCCCGGGUCGGGCUCCGACUCCAGCGGCUUUUCUAUCGGUUUCGUGGCGGGGCCAUAUCCUUCCUGGCGGUCACCUGGCUGGGAGAGAGGCAGCUUAGGCGUCUUCUCUGACGACGGAUGCCGCUUUGUGAAUGACUCAUGGGGUGGUCGUGAUUUUACGAGCCCAAUCAACGUGGGGGAGACUGUUGGGAUAGGAAUAUUGUUCACGCUUCCGGAGGACCCGCUUGCUAUGGCGGAUGCGCUAAUUGAGGACCGGAAGAAGUGUAAAGUGGAGGUUUUUUUCACCCGCAACGGUCGGCGAGCAGGAGGGUGGGACCUGCACGAGGAGACGGAUGAGGACUCCGGUAGUAUAGAGGGAUUGGAGGGGGACUUUGACUUGUAUGGGGCCAUCGGGCUGUUUGGUGGCGUCGAUUUCGAGGCAUACUUCGACCCUGCGGCUUGGCUAUGGAAGUCUGACUGA